AUGUUUGAAGUGCCGGAUGCGAAGCGGGUUCGCCGCGACGAGCUGCACUCUCCCACAUCAUCGCCGCGCUCCUCGCCGGAUCCAGACCUCGAACAGCUCCUGCGCUCCAGAAUACAAAACGAAUUCACCUAUACCAUCGCCACCACCGACGAUCAUGUCGAUGAUACCAACGAUAUCGCGCAAAGCGACCAGGAUGAGACAGAAUUGCGUCUCUUCGCUGCGCCAGCAAAUGCCGCUCCACAGUCGCAUAAGAUCCGAAUUUCAUCUCCAGACGCCGAUAGCGGAGAGCCAGGACUGGUUUUGAAGAAACCACGGAGCUAUUAUUUCGCGGACGAACCCACAAGCGAGGCCGAGGAAGAGUUCAGAGCGGCGGCCAUAGAGGGAAGGAGCGUCCUGGAGCUGUCGCAGCAGCCAUGGCCUGGUUGCGCCUUGCCGUGGAAGGUACACAAGAUAUCACCGGCUGGCAUGAGUAGAGAGGUGCUGGUUGGCCAUCCUCCCAUGCUGGUCCUUGUCCAAGACAAGGCAAACAAGCGCACAAGAAAGGGCAAGAAGUCCCGCAUAGCCAUUAGAAAGAAGUUACAGGAAGCAAAGGAGAAGGAAAGCGAAGCAGCACGUCUUGCACGGGAGAAGGAGGAAGCUAAGCGCGAGAAGAACACACGGAGGAAUCGAGAGAAGAAGCUCAAGCAGAAGGCAAAGCAGCAGGCCAAGAGGGCAGCAGAUGGCGCUCCUGAAAGCGCCGCAGAUGGGAUGGAUGGUGUGGAAACUACGGCGACUGAGAGCCAACCUGUCGGUGGGGAGUCGACAUGA